CAAUAUAACGAUAGCAAUAACCACGCUCUCGACGACAAUCUCUCUUUAUUUUUCACAAUUUAUUUUUUGGACUGGCUUUUGGCCAAAUUGAUUAAAGGUGUGUGUGUGUGUGUGUGUAUAUGCAUGUAUGAGCGUGCGAUUUAUUAAACAAAAAGCAAAAACUAGAUUACUGAAUAUCAAAGUGCAAUAUUUUUUUGCCGCGCUACACGCAUAUGAAAUUGUUGAAUAGACAAAUGAAGAUAGCAAAUAAUACAAUUUUCAUCAAUUAGUGAUUUCUUUCUUGGUGGCUGGCUCUUAAAUAUAAGAUUAACAAAAGCGAGCGCAACUCUGAAAUUUGCCAGCAAAUCGCUAGAAACAGCGACAAUCGACAAACGACGACGAGAAAAUAACAACAACAAUUGUGACAGCAGAGCAGCGAAAAGACCCGCAGCAGAGCAUCAACAGAAACAACAACAAAACCUCAUUGAACUGAACUGAAUGAUGAGAAUAGUGAUGAAACAUUUGGGCAAUUUAAAAGUGUUAAAUCGAAAAUAAAACGUGAAAUACAAACAUAAACAUAAACAGCAUAAAUCAUAUAUCUUUUUGCUGGUUGCUCCGGUUGCACGCUUGUGUUAAAUAUCGAUUUUAUACCCUGCGCGCCUCUCGCUCACAGCAUGAAUGUGUAUGUGUUUGUGUAAAGAAGAAUCCAAAAAAGCAAUAAUUGUGAUAUCGAUAACGAUAACGACGACGACAACUACCGAUAGCCGCUACCGCAGCGGAAAACAAAUACAAACAAAACAUUUUUGAGCGCGUUAUCAAAAAAAUAAAAGCACAAGAGCAAUAACAACUUGGUAUAUUAGUCUGACAGCCGGCUCGUUUUUGGUUUCUGCGCGAGUGUGAGGGAGCUUUUUGUUUUUGUUUUUGGUUUUCUUUUUUGUUGUUGUUGUUUUUUAUUUUUGCUUAGCCCAACAUCAAGCGUAACAACAAUAGUGAAAAAGAACUACAACGUUGACAAACGACAACGCAGCAGCCGCAAAUAUAACAAUAUAACAAAUAUAACAAAAAUAUUAAGGGAAAUCUGGUAAGAAGAGAACUUCUUACCAAUGAUUUCGUUGCUGCAAAUGAAAUUCCAUGCGCUGCUGCUGCUGCUGUCAAAGGUCUGGACAUGUAUUUGUUUCAUGUUCAAUCGCCAAGUGCGCGCUUUUAUCCAGUAUCAGCCGGUUAAAUAUGAACUCUUCCCGCUGUCACCUGUAUCGCGACACCGGCUCAGUUUGGUGCAGCGAAAAACAUUGGUAUUGGACUUGGAUGAGACACUAAUACACUCACAUCACAAUGCGAUGCCCAGGAAUACGGUGAAGCCAGGGACGCCGCAUGAUUUCACCGUUAAGGUGACCAUCGAUAGGCAUCCAGUGCGAUUUUUUGUACACAAGCGGCCGCAUGUCGAUUACUUUUUGGAUGUGGUAUCGCAGUGGUAUGAUCUGGUUGUGUUUACUGCCAGCAUGGAGAUCUAUGGGGCUGCGGUUGCCGAUAAAUUGGACAAUGGCCGCAAUAUACUGCGGCGUCGAUACUAUAGACAGCAUUGCACGCCCGAUUAUGGCUCUUAUACCAAAGAUUUGUCAGCUAUCUGCAGUGAUUUGAAUAGGAUAUUUAUCAUUGACAAUUCGCCUGGAGCAUAUCGGUGUUUUCCAAAUAAUGCAAUACCCAUUAAAAGCUGGUUCUCCGAUCCAAUGGAUACGGCACUAUUAUCAUUGCUUCCCAUGCUCGAUGCCCUGAGAUUCACCAACGAUGUGCGUUCGGUGUUAUCGCGAAAUCUUCACCUGCAUCGCCUUUGGUAGCAGGUGUGCCGCCACCAAGCGUAGCUAAUGCAAUAAAUUACACAACUACAACAAUUUUUUUUUGUUCCAUCAGUUACAAAUUACAACAACAACAAAAAACAACAUUAAAAGGUGGUGCUGUGACACAUAAACGAAUUUUAUGUUUUAUAAUAGACAAAAGUGACUUUUCUAUAAUAUGUAUUACAUUUCAAUUAAUGCAACAUUUUCUAACUACUAUAAGCAAUGUUCUAUCAUUUAUUUAUAUAUAUUUCUAUAUAUAUAUAUUAUCGAUUAUAUUUUUUUUUUCUGGCUAGAAAUUUAAAAAAUUGUUUGCGUUAUUUUUGUACUAUAAAUAAUAAAAAGAGAGGAGUAACUACAGUAUGUUCAUCAGGCAAAU